CUCAGCGUGAGGUGAGACAACAUUGGAUAUGCCACCUAAUGACCGAGCCAUGUAUUUCGCUACCGGACGGUAACCUGCAGCUUCUCGCGGCAGUAUGGACACCCGUUACUGCUGAAGAUGUGCAACAGCUUCUGCCGUAUCAAUGUCUUGGCCGUUCCUUCAGGAGUCGACCAUGCAAGUGGCUUGCAGCCUCGUGCGGAGAUUAGAAGCCACCACUGGAAAGUCUCACCAGCAGAAUCCGGACCGGUAUGCAGAUCUGCUAAGCUAUUGCAACCCGCAAUAAGCUCCAAUUGGCAAGGCUGUGCUUUCACUAAGCGGUGUUGGCGAAAGAUCUCUCCGUCUUACUAUUCUCUUGUCCUUUUCUGCUACGGCGGGGUGUGCCAUUGGUCCCUAGCCUGCCACGCAGGUCCUUCUUUUCUUUGCGUGGUCUUAAGCUAAUAUCUCAAUCUUUCAUACUUCGUAGUCGUCAACAACGAAACAUCGCGCAGAAUGAUCCAGCGAGUACUCGUGGCCUGGGUCGCGGCCCUCGGCGCUGUAUACGCCCAGGAAACCGGCGCGAACAAUGCAUCCACGCCGACCGCUACCCAGGGCGAAAUCACUGUUCAUUAUGUCACGGUUGGCAAGCUCCAGAAUCAAUUCCAGCCCAACUCCAUCCUAGCCGUCCCAGGCGACAUUGUCUCCUUCCAAUUCUGGCCCGGCAACCAUUCGGUCAUCGAGGCAGCCUAUGGCUACCCUUGCAUCCCUAUCGCAGACGUAACCGGCCAAACGGGCUUCUACUCCGGAUGGCAGCCCACCAACGACACCACCGGUACCCAAACUGUUUAUAAUGUCACCGUCAACGACACGUCGCCCGUCUUCUACUACUGCGGAGCGCCUGGGUCGUGUAUUGGUUGGGGCAUGCUCGGCGUCAUCAAUCCAACUGCGCAGACUCCGCUGGAUACUCAGCUGGAGUUGGCGAAGCAGGCAAAUUAUAUGCUGGAGCCUGGAGAGAACCUCCCAAUUCAGGCGAAGAACUCACUGUCAUCGUUGGCGGCGACUGCCACCCCGUUCACGCUUACAGUAACUGCUACCAACUCCCUCGAGCCGACGACAACGUCCAGUCCGCCAACUUCGGCGACGGCGACAAGCUCACCGACAGCUUCCGCAGCGCCCUCUGCCGUUACGCUGUCCUCCGGAGCAAUCGCUGGCAUAGCAGUAGGCGCUGCCGCCGUCCUCGCACUGGCAGCGGCCCUCUUCUUCUUCCUCGGCCGCAACAAAGGGCUAAAGGACGAGUUGACACGACUUCGCGGCAACGCACCAGCCGGACCACAGAGCCCGUAUCCAAGUACAGGAGGCGCAACAUACCCGACAGGCAAUGAUGGGUGGAGGAGGCAUAGCGGCGGGCAACUACCGCCGUAUCAGCAGUCGCCGAUGGCGUACAAAUCGUCAACCACAGUCAGCGCGCUGGGCAUGUCGGAGGUGCUGGAUCAUCGGCGUUCGGGACCGAGGCUGCAUUCUAGGUUCUCGGAGACAUCGGAGUUGAGAGGAGAUGGGCCGCCUCGGGAGGAGACGGCGGUCCAUGAGAUGGGUGUGUCUCAGAGUCCCGGAAGUCCGAGAAGUCAAUGGGGAUGAUUGCAGUACCGUGCGCAUCGGGAUGUGUAAAUCUGCGCUGCCCAUGCAGCGACACCGCAUGAUCUACCGCUAGGCAUUGGCUAAGAUUUCGGAUUCUCAAUGGAAACUCGCGGCCAGAUCGAGGGGAGGUAUGCGAGUCAUAGACGAGUAGACCGGUCACUCAGUAGGCUGUAAGGACGCCUAACAAAAUGUGCCGCAUGGAAGCAGGGCUUCAGAGUGCUUGAUGCGUCGAGUGGAGGUCAGCACGAAUUAUAUCUCACUCACUUAGAAUAUCACCAACAAUCUGUUAUGAGGCUCCACAGAACAACGUGACCGUAGUGGUAUCAGAGCAUGC